CAGGACGGCAGCAGCCGCCGCCGCCACGGAAACUGGAGACGGAGCGGAAUCUAGGGCAGCUCUAGGCUUCUGUGAAGGCUCAGCUCCAGGGAAUCCCUCCACUGAUUACCAAUGGGACCAAUUAAAUAUGGAUACUGAGAAAAGGACUAGAAGUCACUCACGGUAACCAAGAUGGAAAACAACACAGUGACCAUUUCCCGGGAAGAACUGGAGGAACUUCAGGAAGCAUUCAAUAAAAUAGAUGUUGACAACAGCGGAUACGUCAGUGACUACGAGCUCCAGGACCUCUUCAAAGAAGCCAGCCUCCCCCUGCCUGGUUACAAGGUGCGGGAGAUUGUGGAGAAGAUUCUGACCUUCGCCGACAACAACAAAGAUGGUAAAAUCAACUUUGAAGAAUUUGUGUCGGUAAUGCAGGAACUGAAAAGCAAAGAAAUUAGCAAAUCGUUCCGCAAGUCAAUAAACAAAAAGGAGGGGAUCACCGCUAUCGGAGGGACCUCAGCCAUUUCCAGCGAGGGCACGCAGCAUUCUUACUCAGAGGAGGAAAAAGUGGCUUUUGUUCACUGGAUAAACAAAGCUCUGGAAGAAGAUCCCGACUGUAAGCACAUAAUCCCCAUGGAUGCGAACGACGCCAGCCUCUUCAGGUCACUGGCAGAUGGCAUCCUGCUCUGCAAGAUGAUCAACUUGUCCGAACCAGACACGAUUGAUGAAAGGGCAAUUAACAAGAAGAAACUCACACCUUUCACCAUUUCUGAAAACCUGAAUCUGGCCCUGAAUUCGGCCUCCGCCAUUGGCUGUACAGUGGUCAACAUCGGUGCCCAGGACCUGAAGGAGGGCAAACCUCACCUGGUUUUGGGCCUCCUGUGGCAGAUCAUUAAAGUCGGGCUGUUUGCUGACAUCGAGUUGUCCAGGAACGAAGCUCUGAUUGCUUUGCUAAAUGAGGGGGAAGAACUGGAGCAGCUAAUGAAACUCUCCCCAGAAGAGCUAUUACUCCGCUGGGUAAAUUAUCAUCUGGCCAAUGCCGGCUGGCAGAAAAUCAAUAAUUUCAGCCAGGACAUUAAGGAUUCCAGGGCCUACUUUCACCUGCUGAACCAGAUAGCCCCGAAAGGAGACAAAGGAGAUGAACGUGCCAUCCCAAUCGACAUGACCGGAUUUGGGGAGAGAAAUGACCUGAAGAGAGCCGAGUACAUGCUCCGGGAAGCCGACAAACUGGGCUGCAAGCAGUUCGUCACUUCGGCAGACGUGGUUUCUGGCAACCCGAAGCUCAAUCUGGCCUUCGUGGCAAAUCUGUUUAACACGUACCCGAGCCUGCACAAACCCGACAACGCCGACUUCGAUUCCCACUUACUCGAAGGAGAAAGCAAGGAGGAAAGGACCUUCAGGAACUGGAUGAAUUCUCUGGGUGUCAGUCCAUACAUUAACCAUCUGUACAGUGACCUGGCAGACGCACUGGUGUAUUUCCAGCUGUAUGAGAUGAUCCGAGUGCCGGUACAAUGGAGCCACGUCAACAAACCCCCCUACCCUGCCCUUGGGGGGAACAUGAAAAAGAUCGAAAACUGUAAUUAUGCCGUGGAGCUCGGAAAGGAAAAGGCCAAGUUCUCCCUGGUUGGCAUAGCCGGGCAGGACCUAAACGAGGGGAAUACCACACUCACCCUGGCGCUGGUCUGGCAACUCAUGCGAAGGUACACUUUGAAUGUUCUUUCGGAUCUUGGAGAAGGUGAAAAAGUGAAUGAUGAAAUUAUUAUUAAAUGGGUGAAUCAAACUCUUGCAAGUGCAAACAAGAAAACUUCCAUUUCCAGCUUCAAGGACAGCAAGAUUAGCACGAGUUUGCCGGUACUCGAUUUAAUCGAUGCUAUUGCACCAAAUGCGGUUCGUCAGGAAAUGAUCAAGCGGGAAGAUCUUUCUAGCCAGGACAAGAUGAACAACGCUAAAUAUGCCAUUUCGGUUGCUCGCAAGAUCGGUGCCCGGAUAUACGCCCUCCCCGAUGACCUGGUAGAAGUGAAACCAAAGAUGGUUAUGACAGUGUUUGCCUGCUUAAUGGGAAAAGGACUAAACAGAUUAAAAUAAUGGAAGUAUUUUAAUUUUCCGCCAUUUUAAACACACUGAAUGCCUCACAGUUUACAAAAUUCUGAAGUUUCGUGGGUAUAUCACAAGAGAUUAUUUGUAUGCGCAAAUAGUCAUAAUAUUCUUUACUGAAAUUUAGUAUCUUAUUUAAUCUAGUUUGUCAACCAUAUCUGGAAAAAAUAAUUAAUGUAAGAAUUUACUUGGAAAAUGUUUGUUACUGUACUGAGAUUCCAAAAUCCUUAUGAAGUUAAACUCGGUUCAUUUUUCUUGAUAAUGCAAAAAGAUUACCAUGAUUCUACACGUUUUUCAGAACUGGACAUGAAAAUGUGUUUGAUUAUUUUGGGUGUUAUUUCCUAUUAACACAUUAAUGCCAGCUGUUUCUCUUUCCUCCUAAUGCACAUAAUGGCCUUCUGACCUACCUUACCCUGCUACUUCAAAAAAGGCAGUGAUGUCUGCUAAAUAUCAACUUUUUACAGGAGAACCAACUCAUAAAUAGACCUCGUAGUUUGUAUUCUUGGAUAAAGAGCAGUAACAUGCGACUUAAGGGGUCCCCCUAAUUAUGGUCUAUUCACUUUUGCACUCAGUUGUUUUCUAUAAAUAUGCGGUAGGCGAUGUGGAAGGGGAUAGCAGAAGGCUAUUAUUAGAGAAUGGGCGUAUGUAUUAUUUACACUUUAAUAAUAAUGAUGGUAUUUGUUAAGCGCUUACUCUGUGCAGAGCACUGUUCUAAGCGCUGGUUUAACUAUCUGGACUUGUAGAAAAUGCGACGUGAAAGAGUUGAAACAGUUGGGGCCUUUCAGUACGUGAAUGACAAUAUUUGUCUUAAACUCACAGCUGGGGUCUUUUUUUCUUUCCCUAUAAUGGCAGUCAGGUAAGAUGGCCACAGCAUUUUUAUUGGGCCCUGGGUGGUGUGAUAGUAAUAAUUGUGGUGUUUGUUAAGCACUGACUUCUGUGCCAAGCACUGCUCUAAGCGCUGGA